AUGAUGGAUACUGAUAUGGAUCAAUCACGUUUACAAACAGCAAAUCGUUUUGGACAAUUAUCAAAAAAUAUGUUCUUUGCACGGCAUGUUCCUCAACCAAAAUAUUUAAAAUUUAUUACAGGAACUGCUGGUGUUAAAGUAUGUCAUGUACGAGAUGAUAUGCCACAUUUACCAGCAAAUCCAUCAGAAAAAAUUCAACCAAAAAGACGUCGAGAACGAUUCCUUCCUCCUAUACGUGGUUGGAAUGCAUCCGGAACGGUAUUUGUUGAUACAGAAAAUUGGCGACGUGAAUUAUCACGUAUUGCUGAAAUGGUUGGUUUAGUAACAGCUGAAGAAUUAACUGAAAUUGAAAAUAAAAGAAAACCAUCAUGUUCACCACUUAUAAGAACUCCAUCAAAAACAGGAAAUGGUGAAUAUAGUCAACGAACUGGUCGAUGGAAUGAAACACCUAAAACAUUAAGACGUAGUCAAUCAUUACGUGGACGAACACCACUUUCAGCUCUUGUACCUAAUCAUCUAUUUUGUGUUGAUGAACAAGAACGAGAGAUGUGGAUGCUUCAAGUACUUUGUCAAAUUUUAAAAACUGAAGAUAUUAAUGAAGUACAAUCAUGGCUUGUUUCAUCAAGUUCAAAUGAAAAAGAGGUUGUACGUCAAUUAAUUACAUCAGCAAUUAAAGGACUUGAAGAAAGUGGACGUAUUCAACCAACUGCUUAUUUUACUGAAAAUACAAAAUCUACUCAAGCUAAUCUAGAUACAUUGGACUCGAUGAUGUCAAAUAAACUUCCUAAUGAAUCUGUAUCAUCAAUUAAUGAAAAUACAAUAAAACCUAAUUCUCGUCCUCGAACAUCCCCACAAAUACAAUCAACAACAACAACCACAACAACAAAUGAUUUUCAAAGUAAAUCAACUCGGGCAUUACAAACAAAUCUUGAACCAAUUAAUGAAGAAAAAAAUACAAAAACAUUUGUACCACAACCAACAAAAGUUGAUAGUAAACGUGAUAUACAAGUUCUUACAUUUAAUGAUGAUGAAUAUAAUAAUCAACAAUUAACAAAUAGAAAUAAAGAUGAAGUACCAUUUUAA